AUGGACACGCAUGCCAGCGACCGGACCUUGCGGCGCCAUGUCGAAACCAGCAUCAAAUUCUUGAAUCAUCCCAACGGCUCGGAUGGCACUCAGCAGACGAAGAUGAGACGCGCCGCCGCACACGGUGGUUUAAUUUCCGAUACAGACGAAGUAGUCGCUGUUCCUCUCGAGUUCAUCUCGACGGAAGCUCCCAGGGAUCUUGCAGAGGUUUCCGAGGUGUCUGCUGAGCAGUCCACGGAGACAACACUUUCUGUCACAGACGCAAUCCAAUGUUUUGGUGAAGGCGGCGGUCCGAACGCAAACUGUGACACGCUGGUGGAACGCACUACUUUCGCAUUGGACGACGAAGAAUUGCGGUUGUGCCUAGUGUCUACACAACAGUCAAAUCUGGAACUUUGUAUUAAGUGUGUCAUUGAAAUACUCGUGGAUCGUGCUCAUCGACAAGUCUUGCCACUUCCAACAGAUCAUGAAACCUACCAGCGGGACCUUGCUAAGUGGUUUCCGCAUCUCAAUGUGAGAUAACUCUUGAUUCAAUAUCAUGAUGCCGGUCCUUCACGAUUCGUGCUGACCAAUGGUUUUUUGUGAUGAUAGCUAGUCGGUUCUACCCCCGCCUGGGGUUCCUCUGGUGGAGGCGGUAGCACCGGAUGGGAGCGGCGAAAGGAAGUAGCUGGGCUAUGCCAA